AUACUUAAAAGUACCUCAGAACUUCAAAAGCGCACUCGGUCUAGAUUCGCUUCUUAAAAUCGCUCCCACACACCUACAUAACGGCUGAAAGACAUUUGUAAGCAUACACAGUGUGAGCAUGGCAGGCUCCUCCACCAGGCGGACAGGGAACCAGCAGGCUGAUAUAACUCCUGAAGAGCGAGGCCAAUGGGCAAACAAGAUUGAGUUUCUGCUGACUGUAGCCGGAGCUAUCAUUGGGCUUGGAAAUGUGUGGAGGUUCCCAUAUCUUUGCUAUAAAAACGGUGGAGGGGCUUUUUUCAUUCCGUAUGUUUUGUACCUGCUUACCUGUGGUAUCCCACUUUUUGUGCUUGAGACAUCUUUGGGGCAGUACACCAGUCAGGGAGGCAUCAUGUGCUGGAGAAAGGUCUGUCCGCUUUUUGAAGGAAUGGGUUAUGCCAGUCAGCUGAUUAUUGUGUAUGGCUCCAUCACCUACAUAAUCAUCAUAGCGUGGGCCUUCCUGUAUCUUUUCUCAUCCUUUAAUGUUGAGCUGCCCUGGGCCAGCUGCAACAAUCCGUGGAACACAGAUGCUUGUAUUGUGCUUAGUGGGAGGAACUCUAGUUCAGAGUUGGCGUCUCCUCUUAAUGCCUCUUCCUCCGUCAUGGAGUUCUGGCAUCACAGAGUGUUGCAACUGUCCAGUGGAAUUGACCAUUUGGGCACAGUAAGGUGGGAUUUGGCUCUUAUUCUCCUACUUGUCUGGAUCCUGGUCUACUUCUGCAUCUGGAAAGGCGUGAAAUCAACCGGCAAGGCAGUCUAUUUCACAGCAACAUUCCCUUAUGUUAUGCUCUUGAUACUGCUGUUACGAGGGGUCACUUUACCUGGCGCCCUCAACGGCAUCCAUUAUUAUAUGUAUCCAGAUCUGACACGACUAGCAGACCCACAGGUAUGGAUGGAUGCUGGUACGCAGAUCUUCUACUCUUAUGCCAUUUGUCUGGGAUACCUCAGCUCUCUUGGAAGCUACAAUCAAUAUAAUAAUAACUGCUACAGAGACUCCUUCUACCUCUGCUUGCUGAACAGUGGAACCAGUUUUUUGGGUGGGUUUGCCAUUUUCUCUGUUCUGGGCCACAUGGCACAGGAGCAAGGGGUGGACAUUUCCCUUGUGGCUGAAUCAGGUCCAGGACUGGUGUUUAUAGUUUAUCCUCAGGCCGUGACGAUGCUGCCGUUGUCUCAGUUCUGGGCUGUGUGUUUCUUCAUCAUGAUCAUUCUCUUGGGUUUGGACAGCCAGUUUGUUGGACUGGAGAGUAUAAUGACGUCAGUGACAGACAUAUUUCCCAGUGUACUGAGACGCGGCUUCAGAAGAGAGAUGCUGCUUUUAGGGAUUUGCCUGGUCUGCUACUUCAUGGGUCUCCUUAUGAUCACAGAGGGCGGUCUGUACAUUAUUCAAUUAUUUGAUCAUUACGUGUGCAGUGGAACCACUCUCCUGUUUCUGGCCACCUGUCAGUCUGUGGCUAUUGGCUGGGUGUAUGGUGCUGACCGAUUCUACGAGAACAUACAAGACAUGAUUGGCUACAAACCCUGGCCUGUGGUGAAGUACUGCUGGCUCUAUGUCACUCCUUCAGUCUGCGUUGGCACAUUUAUUUUCUCUCUGGUCAAAUACAGUCCCCUGAAAUUUAACAACAAAUAUAUGUAUCCAUGGUGGGCAUACGGUAUCGGCUGGUUCCUGGCGGUCUCCUCUCUCUCCCUCAUUCCCAUCAACAUGAUCUACAAGCUCUACAAAGGAAAAGGGACCUUCUGGGAGCGUCUCCAGUUGGCCUGCAGUCCAGCAGAGGAUCUUCCUCAAUCUCAGAGACCCUCAGCACAUCAUUACACUCUCUCAGCUAGUACAGAAAGAGAAAAGAGCCCAGACAACCUUUAAUGCUUUCAUUUCAUUGACUUUUUUUCCUUAAUUUUGAUAAAACAUAGUUUAAAUUAAUAGAUUAAAAAGGCAAAAGACGCAACUGGAUAUAUCUACUGCUCUUCGUGAGAACUAAUUUUGACAAAAGUCAAUGAUCGUUUUUUUUCUCACAAGAAACACUGAUGCAUCCUAAACUAUGCAAAGACAUACAGUACAUAAGCCUCGUGUAUUGCCUUAAAGCAGAGCAGUCAUGCGUUUUGACAGCUGAGGACUCUCAGGGUGACAGGUUAUUAGAGAAUUUCUGUAGGAUUUUCUGAUGCAAGUUAACCUGUUAUGAGAUAAUUUGGCCCUUCAGGCACUUUAAAUGUGAUCCACAGUAAGAACUGAUUGAUUUCAGUUUCUUUCAGUGUUUCAUUUACCUCAAGGGCAUUAUGUAAAAUGUGUUCAAUCAGCACCAAGUUGUUUUGAAACGUCAUGGACAAGCUAGAUAUGUGUGUUUUUCAAGUACUGUUGUACGUUUUGUUUAGUCUAUAUCACAAACUUUUUUUAACUCAUUUUAAAAUGUUCUGUGAUAAUAUUUAGCUGAAAAAGUGUACGAAAUUUAUAAGA